ACUAAGUACUUCUUAGACUACAUGCAGAGGUACUAUGAAGUACUUUUACUUAGUACUUUUUGAGAAAUCCACCAUCGAAGUCCCUUAUAUGUCAUAUUACAGAGUCUUUUUUUCGGACUUUGACGUCUUGUAAAAACAAAUUCUUCCAAAAGUACAUAAUGAUUUUGAUAUGGUUGGAUUUAAUACUUCUUAGACAACCUGCACAUGUACUAUGAAGUACUUUUACUGUGUACUUUUUGAGAAAUCCAAUGUCAAAGCCCCUUAUAAAUCACUAUAAUAAGCCUUUAUUCUGACUUUGAUGUCUUGUAAAAACAAAUUCUUCCAUAAGUACACAGUGAUUCUGAUAUGAUUGGAUUUAGUACUUUUAAGACUACAUGCACAUGUACUACUUGUUUGCCAUUAAUCUGCUCUGUAGUGUCCUGGCAUGGCUACGGUCAUUUUUUCAUACUAAUAAAACUGAACUAUUGCCUCCUUCAAAACUCCCAGAACACAAUGAAGACUUCUGUGCGCUGUGCUCUGACUCUGAACUCUUCUAAGGACAACCUGACACAAUCCUGUCAAUCGGGACUCGUCAUCUAGUCUCACUUUGGUGUGUCUCAAAAAGAACUUUAAUCGACUUCAGUCUGCAGAGACCUUUUGGAGUAAGAAUGCAAAACGCCUUCGGAUAACGUCUUAAACCGGGUUAACACGUUUGUGUUACCCGUGUUUUUUGGUUUGUUUGGUUGUUGUUUUUUUUUGUUUGUUUUUUGCAAGACCGUCAUUCUCAUUCUAAGACAUCACAGUUCAUUUUUCUCUCAGUCAUGUCGGCGGAGAAAAUCCGAGACUUCGAUGAGAGCACGGCUUUUUUGGGAGACUAUGGCCUCUUUCAAGUUCUGAUCAUAGUUCUGCUCAGUUUAAGUGCAAUUCCGUGCGGGUACAUGGGGUUGAUCGUCGUUUUCGUCUCGGAUACGCCCGAGCACCACUGCAAAGUGUCAGUCAACUCCACGCGCAACGGCACAGAUGUUGAGAGCACGAGCAGCUGGAUCGGACCUGACAGCUGUUCACGGUACAAGUUGACCGACAACGGGACAGAGUCAGCGAUCAGCAAUGAGCGAUGUGUGGACGGAUGGGUGUUUAGCACGGAGAGAUACAGCUCUACUAUUGUGUCUGAGUGGGAUCUGGUGUGUGAAAAUGCAUGGAAGGUCCCAUUUUCCACCUCCCUAUUCUUUGUAGGUGUCCUGAUUGGAUCCUUUAUAAGUGGUCAUCUAUCAGACAGGUUUGGCAGAAAGCCGGUGUUUUUUUUCACCAUGGUCUUACAAACCGUCACAGCGUUGAUCCAGGCCACCUCCGUUAGCUGGGUGAUGUUCUGUAUCCUUAACUGUUUGCGAGGACUCAGCCAGAUAUCCAAUUAUGUCACAUCACUUGUACUGGGCUGUGAGAUGCUUGGCCAGUCUUCCCGGGUCCGCUUCACUCUGCUGGGUCACAGUGUAGGAUUUGGCCUCGGGUAUGCCUUGUUGCCGCUUGUUGCCUAUUUCAUACGAGGCUGGAGGAUGCUGCUGGUUGCGAGUGCCAUCCCCAGCUUCUUAUUUAUUCCAUCAUGGUGGGUGAUUCCUGAGUCUCCACGUUGGCUUUUGCAGAAAGGUCGGUUAGAGGAGGCUGAGCGUGUCAUACGUAAUGCAGCCAAAAGGAACAGAGUCCCCGCCCCUGAGAUCAUAUUCAGAGCCGGAGACUGCUUGGAGUCAAUGCAAAACAAUGGUGAAGAGGUGCACACAUACACUUAUGUGGACCUGAUACGCACCCCUAACAUGAGGAAUAUUACAAUUCUAGGAAAUCUCAUUUGGCUCUCUGUCUCCAUGGUCUUCUAUGGUCUCUCUCUCAAUACAAGCAGCCUGCAUGGAAAUGUCUACCUCAACUGCUUCCUCUCAGCAGUCAUUGACAUCGGGGCGUACAUAGCCAUGUGGGUGCUGCUGAAACGUGUGCCUCGACCCACCCUCCUCUUCACUGCUCUGAUGUUCUGUGGCAUCCUGCUUCUGCUCCUCCAGCUGGUUCCUGAAGACAUGCCUGUCAUGUUCCAGGUGUUGGUCUUGGUGGGAAAGAUGGGCGUGUCUGGUGCGUACAGCUUCAUUUAUGUGAUUUUCACUGAACUGAUCCCAACCGUGGUCAGGAACAUGGGCUUAGGGAUGGUAUCCACAGCGGCUCGCAUAGGCACCGUCAUUUGUCCUUUUGUGGUAUAUGUGGGUGUCUACAGCAAGAUCUUGCCGUACAUUAUUUUUGGCACAAUUAGCAUCAUGGCUGCUGCUGUUAGUAUGCUGCUACCAGACACCAGAAACAACAAACUUCCAGAUCUUAUCAGCCAGGCCAAACCCAUCAGAAACUUCAGCUGUCAAUAGAAAACAGCCUCAGCCCAGUCAGAUACAACCAAGGGCUGUCAAUAGAUGAACAAGAGCGCCCUCUGCUGAAAGAAAAGUCCAUGGCAAGAGACGAGCAAUCACUCAAUCACCCAUCACAAAUGUUAGAGAGAAAUUUCCUUUGACCAGCACGGAAAGCAUGUCAUCAUAAAAAAUAUUUGCAACAAAUUUUCAUACAAAAAAAUAGGCACCUAGCUUUUACAACUUGGCUAUGGUUUCUUGUUGAAAAACUAAAAUUGUUUGUUGUUUCUCUGAACUUGCUUGAAUGAAAAUGAAAAUAAAUAGCAACACGUG